UCGUCUUCCAUACAUUGCCAAUUGAUCUUUGCCAGCACCACCACACCUCUUUUUUUGCAGAAAAAUCAGUCAAAAUGGCGGAAGACGGUGAUAUGUUCCUCAACUUCGAGAUCGGAGAUGCUCCGAUCAAGCAGACAGUCAAGUACACAGGUGGUCGUUGGAGGGACAGAGUCAAGGCGCAAAAGGGCGAGAAGGGUGGACAAGACCAGACAAAAGAGGCAUCGACAGGGCGACGAGAUACCGGCGCCGACUACUACACGAACAGAAGCGCGAAACGUCAACGGACAGAAGAUGGCGACUCCGGCAGAUUCUCCAAGACCCCACGAACAGGCAAUCCCGCCGAGAGAGGCCCGGCGCCGCCGCCGACACAUGCCAUGAAAACCGGCCUCGUAUCCUCGCGACUGUUUACUUCGAAUCCCGUUCCAGUAACCGACUUCGAGGAGCUUCCCCAAGCCGAAGAGGCCGAGCCUGCACAACCUUCGAACGCUCCCCUAACUGCCGAAGCAGAAAACUUCCUCUCAUUGGGUCUCUCCCGACGUGUAUCCCAGCACCUGGCGACGAAGCUUGAGAUGAAGGCCCCGACAGCCAUCCAGAAGAACACGAUACCACAGUUAAUCAAGGAGGACAGCGAUGCCUUCCUACAAGCCGAGACGGGUUCCGGAAAGACGCUAGCAUACCUCCUCCCCAUCGUCCACAGGAUAUUGGCCCUCAGCCACAACGAGGACGGUACCCCGAAGGCCACCAAGAUGAACCGCAACUCAGGGCUCUUCGCCAUCAUCCUUGCUCCCACCCGCGAACUUUGCAAGCAGAUUUCUGUUGUGCUCGAGAAGGUGUUGCGCUGCGCCCCUUGGCUGGUGUGCACUACGGUAAUAGGUGGUGAGAGCAAAAAGUCCGAGAAGGCGCGCAUCAGAAAGGGUGUCAACAUCCUGAUUGCUACUCCCGGUCGCUUGACAGAUCAUCUCGACAACACAAAGGUUCUCGAAGUUGGUACGGUCCGUUGGUUGGUUCUGGAUGAAGGUGAUCGCAUGAUGGAAAUGGGAUUCGAGGACGAUAUCAAGACCAUUGUCGGCAAAAUCAGGGCUGGCACACUACAGAAGAAGAACGCCGAGGGCGUGGUUCUGGAUGGUGUUCUCCCUUCGAGGAGAGUCACGGUUCUUUGCUCGGCUACCAUGAAGAUGAACGUGCAGAAGCUGGGCGAGAUCAGUUUGGAGGAUGCUGUUCAUAUCACAGCGUCCAAGAGCGAUAUGGAGAAGGAUGCGGAGACCGGUGCCGUUGAGACGGCGUUCUCUGCGCCCGCCCAGUUGAAGCAGGCCGCUAUCAUUACACCCGCCAAGUUGCGCUUGGUCACGCUCAUUGCGUUGCUCAAGUCAACUUUUGCCAGGAAGGGCUCGGUCAUGAAGGCGAUCAUCUUCAUCUCGUGUGCCGACUCGGUCGACUACCACUUCGAGCUACUCAAGUCUACCGCACCGCGCGCUGAGCCCGAACCCAAGCCCGAAGGCGAAGCUCCCACCAAGCCGAAUAUCCACAUCGAGACGACCGUCGGGCCAGCAACAUACAUCACCUCCCCAGCCAACCCCACGGUGAUGCUACACAAGCUCCACGGUUCGCUCGCCCAACCUGUCCGUAGCGCCACCCUCAAGGCCUUCAGCGAGUGCAAGGACCCCGCGGUUCUCAUCACCACCGAUAUUUCCUCUCGUGGUCUCGAUGUACCGGCCGUCGAACUCGUUAUCGAAUACGACCCGGCCUUUGCCGUGCCCGACCACGUCCAUCGUAUCGGUCGUACCGCGCGUGCCGGUCGCGCCGGUAAAGCCGUUCUCUUCCUCCUCCCCGGUUCCGAAGAAGGCUACAUCUCGAUCCUGCCCAAGUCGACUCCUAUCGCGCCCCAGCUCUACGACUCGAUCCUGCAAAAGGGCUUCGCCACGACCAUCAACGUCCCCGGUACCGAGUCCGGCGUUCUCGAAACCGACCGUCAAUCCUGGGCCUCCCGCGCCGAAGCUCUCCAACUACACUUCGAACAGCGUCUCCUCGCUCCUCUCCCCGGCGCCACGCCCGUCUUCGAAUCCAAAAGCGAGAAAUUCGCCGCCUCCAAACAAGGCAAGAAGGGCAAGAAGGACGCCAAAAAGGACGAGAACAAAACACCCGACAACCCCCUCCUCGUCUCCGCCCGCCAGGCCUUCCGCUCGCACAUCCGCGCCUACGCCACGCACGUCCGCGAGGAGCGCGUCUACUUUGACAUUACCGCGCUACACCUCGGUCACAUGGCCAAGGCGUUCGGUUUGCGUGAGGCGCCUGGUGGAAUUGGCGGUGGUGUGUCGAGACGGACGCACAGGCCGGUGCAGCCGGGUGAUAAGACGAAUAAGACGAGCAAGUCUGUGGGUGAUGGUACCACCACCAGGAGGCCGAAGAAGGAUGAUGAUGAUGAGAGGGACUUUGGUGCAGCGGAUGAGGAUGCGGGGAGGAGGAUGAGGGAGAAGAUGAAGAUGAUGAUGGGGAAUAUGGCUAGUGAGUUUAACUUGGGUUAAGCAAGCAUUGUUUGGCAUGGGAUUGGAAGAAAAGAAGUGGAGGGCCGUGAAAGGGACCGGCCAGGCUGGAUUCGAGAGAAUGGAUGGAAUGGAACGAAGUGCAUUAUCAGUCAGAGUAAGGUACUAGGAACAUAUACCCCAGGAGAAGAGUGUGGUUGUGGAUGUGGGAAUGGGAAUGCAAUAAAAGCUGGAUAUUUUCCUUUGUUCAACAUACGGGGGUUACAACCGGUUGGUGAUAUUUUUUGUUUGUUCCGCCCGCUGACAACGACUUGGCAGCUGGCAAGGAGCAGCUUGUUUGUUUGUUGGUGAUGGUGCUCGUUGUGUUUUGGGUUCGCAUGAAUGUUUGAUGAAAGACACAAGGUCAUUCCAAGCUUAUAAGUGGACAUUCUGCACCGCCAAUCACACAAAAAAGCCCGCGUGGCGCAAUUGGUUAGCGC